AAAAUGCUCUCCCUUGUUUCCUUGCUCCUAUGGAUUAUGUUGGUUUGUUCAGACAAUGUUUCUUCUCAUUCUAAUGAAGAAACACAAGCUCUGCUCAAAUGGAAAGCCACCCUUCUCAACCAAAACCUGCUUUUGUGGAGUCUUCAUCCUAACAACAUCACAAAUUCUUCUGCCCAACCUGGAACAGCAACCAGAACUCCAUGCAAAUGGUUCGGGAUAUCUUGCAAGGCAGGAAGUGUAAUCAGAAUAAACCUCACAGAUUUGGGUUUAAUCGGUACUCUCCAAGACUUCUCAUUCUCGUCUUUUCCUAAUCUUGCAUAUUUUGAUAUCAACAUGAACAAGCUCUCUGGUCCUAUCCCACCUCAAAUUGGUUUUCUCUCCAAGCUCAAAUAUCUUGAUCUGUCCACCAACCAGUUUUCAGGGAGAAUACCGUCGGAAAUCGGCCUAUUAACUAAUCUCGAGGUCCUGCACCUGGUUGAGAAUCAGCUGAAUGGUUCAAUUCCUCAUGAAAUAGGUCAGUUGAAGUCUCUUUGUGAUCUUUCUUUGUACACCAACAAACUGGAGGGAACAAUUCCUGCUUCUCUGGGUAAUUUGAGCAACUUGACCAAUUUGUAUCUUGAUGAAAAUAAACUUUCUGGUUUGAUUCCUCCGGAAAUGGGAAAUCUCACCAAACUUGUUGAGCUAUGCUUGAAUGCCAACAAUCUGACAGGUCCCAUCCCUUCUACCUUGGGCAAUUUAAAAAGUCUAACUUUGUUGCGCCUCUACAACAAUCAACUCUCUGGGCCUAUCCCAACAGAAAUAGGAAAUUUGAAGCACCUCCGGAAUCUAAGCCUUUCCAGUAACUAUCUUUCAGGUCCAAUCCCCAUGUCAUUAGGUGAUCUGAGUGGCCUAAAAUCUCUGCAGCUCUUUGAUAAUCAACUUUCUGGCCCCAUUCCUCAAGAAAUGGGAAACUUGAGAUCUCUUGUUGACCUAGAAAUAUCCCAAAAUCAACUCAAUGGUUCCAUUCCUACUUUACUGGGUAAUUUGAUCAACUUAGAAAUUUUAUACCUCCGUGAUAACAAACUUUCUAGUUCCAUUCCUCCAGAAAUUGGGAAACUUCAUAAGUUGGUUGAGCUAGAAAUAGACACGAACCAGCUAUCUGGUUUUUUACCAGAAGGCAUAUGCCAAGGUGGAUCUCUGGAGAACUUCACGGUGUUUGACAAUUUUCUCAUUGGGCCCAUCCCCGAAAGCUUGAAAAAUUGCCCAAGCUUAGCCAGAGCUCGGCUUCAGGGAAACCAACUCACUGGAAAUAUAUCCGAGGCAUUUGGGGUCUGUCCAAACCUGUAUCACAUCAACUUGAGCAACAACAAGUUCUAUGGGGAACUUUCUCAAAAUUGGGGAAGGUGUCACAAACUACAAUGGCUAGACAUUGCCGGGAAUAAUAUCACAGGGAGCAUACCAGCAGAUUUUGGAAUCUCAACUCAACUAACCGUGCUUAAUCUUUCUUCAAAUCAUUUGGUUGGGGAAAUUCCAAAGAAGUUGGGAAGUGUAUCGUCUCUGUGGAAGCUGAUUUUGAAUGAUAACCGACUUUCCGGGAAUAUACCACCUGAACUUGGAUCGCUUGCUGACCUUGGGUAUCUAGACCUGUCAGGAAAUAGAUUGAAUGGGUCAAUACCAGAGCACUUGGGUAACUGCUUGGACUUGAAUUACUUGAACCUGAGCAACAACAAACUCAGCCACGGAAUUCCGGUUCAGAUGGGCAAGCUCAGUCACCUCUCCCUGCUUGAUCUGAGUCACAACUUACUUACAGGUGAAAUCCCAUCACAAAUCCAAGGUUUGCAGAGCUUAGAGAAGCUUAAUCUAUCCCAUAACAACCUAUCUGGUAUCAUUCCAAAGGCUUUUGAGGAUAUGCAUGGCUUGUGGCAAGUCGACAUAUCUUACAAUGAUUUGCAGGGUUCCAUUCCCAACAGCGAAGCAUUUCAGAAUGUUACCAUUGAAGUGUUGCAGGGAAACAAAGGUUUGUGUGGUAGCGUUAAAGGGUUACAACCUUGCGAAAAUCGUUCUGCAACAAAGGGUACUCAUAAAGCUGUAUUCAUAAUCAUAUUCUCUCUUUUGGGAGCACUUCUAAUUCUUUCUGCUUUCAUUGGGAUUUCCUUGAUUUCUCAAGGAAGAAGAAAUGCAAAAAUGGAGAAGGCCGGUGAUGUACAGACUGAAAAUCUCUUCUCAAUCUCGACUUUUGAUGGAAGAACAACGUAUGAAGCAAUCAUAGAGGCGACCAAGGAUUUUGAUCCCAUGUAUUGCAUCGGAGAGGGAGGACAUGGAAGCGUAUACAAAGCAGAGCUGCCGUCAGGUAACAUAGUAGCUGUGAAGAAGCUUCACCGAUUCGACAUUGACAUGGCACAUCAAAAGGAUUUCGUGAAUGAAAUAAGAGCAUUGACAGAGAUAAAGCAUCGAAAUAUCGUGAAGCUUCUGGGUUUCUGCUCACAUUCACGACACUCAUUUCUGGUAUACGAGUACCUGGAACGAGGGAGCUUGGGUACAAUCUUGAGCAAAGAAUUACAAGCUAAGGAAGUGGGUUGGGGUACAAGGGUAAACAUUAUUAAAGGGGUGUCUCAUGCUUUGUCUUACCUGCACCAUGAUUGUGUGCCUCCAAUUGUUCAUCGAGACAUAUCAAGCAAUAAUGUUCUGCUGGAUUCUAAAUAUGAGGCCCAUGUAUCCGACUUUGGCACUGCUAAGUUUCUGAAGCUAGACUCAUCAAACUGGAGCACUCUUGCAGGCACAUAUGGAUAUGUCGCACCAGAGCUUGCUUACACGAUGAAGGUAACCGAGAAAUGCGAUGUCUACAGCUUUGGAGUGCUGGCACUUGAAGUGAUGAGAGGAAGACAUCCUGGAGAUCUUAUCUCCUCUCUAUCAGAUUCACCAGGGAAGGAUAACGUAGUGUUGAAAGAUGUGUUAGAUCCUCGACUCCCACCUCCCACAUUCCGAGACGAAGCAGAAGUGACGUCUGUCAUACAGCUCGCAACUGCAUGCUUAAACGGCAGCCCACAAUCUAGGCCGACCAUGCAGAUGGUUUCUCAGAUGUUGUCACAAAGGAUUUAAUCCAUCUAGGAAAUAUCUAAUUUGUGUGGAACUCGAUCCAGUCUGACGAAUUUGUGUGCAAAUAUGUAUA